GAUGGAGGGGUGACGUCAUCGCUGAGAGGACAUUCUUCAAGUGAGCGCACUUGGACGUCAGUGGAAUAUUGGUUUGUGGCGGCGUCCUGCCACCUGUGACGGGCACUCAGGACACACAGACCCUGCCAAGUGUCAACUUCAGUGACUUGUUCGAAGAAUCUUACCAAGCCGAGAAAGCAUCCGUCAAAGCUGAGAGUGGGCCAGGCCAGCAGGCAGAGUGGAAAAAUCCACAGCAUUUAGUAAUCAACCCAUGAGGAAUGCGCUGAUAAAGGUGUGAGCAAUCUCCAGUGAUGGCGGGGUGCCAGUAGCUAGUGGGGGACCUACCUGACCAGGUAGAGGGAUGAGCAGCUGAUGGAUGGAUAGAUGGAUGGAGGGAGGAGGAGGAGGAGGAGGAGGAGGAGGAGGAGCAGACAGGCGGAUGUUCUCCUCCUCUCUGACCGACACUCCGUCAACUUGAGCGGACAGAGACGCGAGCGUGAGCCCCUCCCGGCUACCGGCCAUCCGUGUGCCUGGGAAGUCCAGUCUCGCAGACCCUGUAGCUGACCGGCUGGGGAAAAAAAGCUGGAUCGGAAACUUGAAAUUAAAUCAGUGUUAAUUAAUUGCGACAUUUGAAAAAUGUCCAUCUUACCGUUCACGCCUCCCAUAGUGAAGCGGCUUCUCGGUUGGAAGAAGGGGGAGCAGAACGGCCAAGAGGAGAAAUGGUGCGAAAAGGCGGUGAAAAGUCUGGUGAAGAAGUUGAAAAAGACCGGACAGUUGGACGAGUUGGAAAAGGCCAUCACGACGCAAAAUGUCAACACCAAAUGUUUAACCAUACCAAGAUCAUUAGACGGCCGACUCCAGGUGUCGCACCGAAAAGGUCUCCCUCACGUGAUCUACUGUCGCCUGUGGCGCUGGCCCGACCUGCAGUCGCACCACGAGCUGCGGGCCAUCGACCAAUGCGAAUACGCCUUCCACGUAAAGAAAGACGAAGUGUGCGUGAACCCCUAUCACUACCAGCGGGUUGAGACGCCAAUUUUGCCACCUGUUCUAGUUCCACGCCAUACUGACAUCCCAGCAGAGUUCCCGCCACUGGAUGACUACAGUCCCUCCAUCCCUGAGAACACAAACUUCCCUGCCGGCAUUGAACCACAGAGUAACUACAUACCUGAAACUCCCCCACCCGGGUACCUGAGUGAAGAUGGCGAGACGAGCGAUCACCAACUCAACCACAGCAUGGACACAAGUUCACCCAGCCUCUCGCCCAAUCCUGUGUCCCCCACAAAUAAUAAUUUUGACCUGCAGCCCGUGACGUACUGCGAGUCCGCCUUCUGGUGCUCCAUCUCCUACUAUGAGCUCAACCAGCGUGUGGGAGAGACCUUCCACGCCUCCCAGCCCUCCCUCACGGUCGACGGCUUCACCGACCCGUCCAACUCGGAGCGCUUCUGUCUCGGCCUGUUGUCCAACGUGAACCGCAAUUCCACCGUGGAGGUCACGCGCAGACACAUAGGCCGGGGCGUCAGGUUGUACUACAUCGGCGGGGAAGUGUUUGCUGAGUGUCUCAGCGACAGCGCCAUCUUUGUCCAGAGUCCAAAUUGCAACCAGCGCUACGGAUGGCAUCCCGCAACUGUCUGCAAGAUCCCUCCAGGUUGCAACUUAAAGAUCUUCAACAACCAGGAGUUUGCCGCUCUCCUUGCUCAGUCGGUCAAUCAGGGCUUCGAGGCGGUUUACCAGCUCACCAGGAUGUGCACCAUUCGCAUGAGUUUCGUCAAAGGAUGGGGCGCCGAGUACAGACGUCAGACGGUGACCAGCACCCCCUGCUGGAUAGAGCUGCAUCUGAACGGCCCUUUGCAGUGGCUGGACAAGGUUCUCACCCAGAUGGGUUCUCCCAGCAUCCACUGCUCCAGCGUGUCUUAAGAGGCAGCCGCCGGACCACGCCGGUUUUUCCCUUCUCUCGGUGCAGAGGAGGAAAGAGACGGUAUUCGUCGGCUCGCCCUCCCUUGCUGUCACUUUUAACUUCACGCACACACGUGCUGCUCUUUGCUUGGCUCUGUUUAAGUGUACACGGGUGAUGGUCCUUUUGUGGUGUGUGUGCGGCCACCGGGUGUUAUCUGUACUUUUCACGCACACAGCCUUUCUUUUUUAACAUCAGCGAAAGUAACCAUGCGUCGCAAGUCUCGUAUUUAUAGUGAUGUCACUGGAGUUGCACCCACAGAGGCAUGGCGGGACAUCUUUUAUGAAACUUGGUGGAGGGGUGGGCGGGGCAAUUGCUUUUCAAUUUCCAUUGGUUCUUCUCAGGAAAUACAACAGAAAGCUUCAUGUAAAAUUAGCUAUUUUUUUCAAUGUUCCAGAAAUACAGACAACCUCGAGGACUUUGUCAAGUUGGUGUGACAACACUCCUCCCGCCUUGUUUAUCCGAAUUUAAAACAUUGAUUCUAUGAAUUAAUUCAACCCUUGAACUGGUCAUGUUCCAGUAUAAUUAUUUUUACAAUUAGUUAUCAAUGCAAAAAAAAUAAUGUAAUUCAUCUUUUAAGUACAAGGCACUUUUUGCCACCAAUAAUUCAUCAUAUUAAUGAGAAUUUGAUAAUGACUUCUUAAUUGGUGUUUUAUCUAUUUUAAACAAGAUCAGCACCAUUUCGUCUUGGAUUUUCGAAGAAAAAAAUAUUUUGCUCAAUGAAAAGACAUUUUCUAAGUUAUUUUUUCAUACAGUCCUGCGUGAAAAUACUUUUUUUUUUUAAUUAUUGCCUCAGUAUCAUUGUACAUAAGUAUUUAUAGUUUGUAAUUUCUUGUAGUUAAACAAAAAUGGGACUGCACAACUCGACCAUACGGCACAGGCAAGUGUACAUGUUCAAGACUCCGCCGACUUUAAUGGUGACUUUUCACAGCUCUGGUUGACUUGCCGUGCGCAUAACAGAGAGACGGACAUAGUUUUGCAGUUAUUGAGGCCCGUUUGGAUGGAAAACCAAACGUAGCAAGUACAGUCCAAUGCACUUUUGACUCUUGUACAGCUUCAGUUGUGGUGAUUUCAUGUGUCUAAAAAUGUCAACUCAGUGUUAAGUCAUGUGUCUUUGAAGAUGCAGUGUCAAUUAAUAUAGUAAGAGCGAAUGGCUGACGUAAGUUGAUAACAUUGCAUUGGGUAGACGAGAGCUUUGUCCGCUCUUCAAUGUCUCAUGCAAGUCAAAGAGUCCCUUUUAUUUUGUUAUGCGAAAUGUCGAAUAAAGUAAUAUAAAUGUCAA